UAUUGUCAUCGGUUGGCUCCUCCCUCUCCCCAGGGCUCGAGGGCAUCACGCCGUCCGCCCUUUCUCGCAUCCACCGCCGCCGUUCGAAAUGCUCGCUUUGGUGCCUGCGUCGCCCGCCUGCGGUUCUCAUUCCCAGCGGAGGACAAGGAUCCCACAUGGAAUCUUCUGCUCGAACGUCAGGGAGAUCCUUCGGGCGCCAGAGCUCCGGCAAUCUCUGCCAUCGUUGAGAGAGGCGAAGAGAGUUGUGCUUGUGAGGCAUGGACAGAGCACAUGGAACGAGGAAGGGCGCAUCCAGGGGAGCUCCGACUACUCCGUCCUCACCUCCAAGGGCGAAUCUCAGGCCGAGACCUCCCGCCAGAUGCUCCUGACUGAUUCCUUUGAUGUCUGCUUCACUAGUCCCUUGAUUCGAUCUCGGAGGACAGCUGAGAUUAUAUGGGGUACUCGGAAUAAGGAAAUGAUUGCUGAGCCUGAUCUGAGGGAGAUUGACCUCUACUCCUUCCAAGGUCUUUUGAAGCAUGAAGGAAAACAGAAAUUUGGUGAUGCAUAUCGCCAAUGGCAGAAGGAUGCAGCAAAUUUCAAUAUUGAUGGCCACUACCCUGUGAGAGAAUUGUGGGACCGAGCAGAAAGCUGUUGGAGAAAAAUCUUAUCCCGUGAAGGAAAGUCAGUACUUGUUGUUGCUCACAAUGCAGUUAACCAAGCUCUUGUGGCUACUGCAAUUGGACUUGGGACUCAAUACUUUAGGAAUCUUCUACAGAGCAACUGUGGGGUGAGUGUAAUAGACUUCACCCCCAAACCCAGAGGUGGCCCACCACACAUAUGCAUCAAUCGUUUGAAUCAGACACCAAAUUCUCCUGUGAAUUCUGGAACAUCUGGAGGAAGGAAAGCUGGUAAGCGGAUCAUUUUGGUCUCUCAUGGGAUUACUCAAAGCAAUACUGAGGCCUUGCUUAAUAUGGGAUAUGAAUCCAUGAAUAUGCUUGGAGUCAUACAGUCGCAAAAAACUGCUGAGUUACUUCUAGACUUGAAGAUCAAUAGCAUAAUUUGCAGCCCGCGGAUUGCCUCAGUUGAUACAGCCAUGGCUAUAUCAGAGGUCCAAGAAGCUGCAGAUUGUCUGGGUGUUGAUUGUGUGCCUCGCUAUGUGGAGAUGAAGAAAAUGUUAGAACUUGAAAUUGAACCUGCCUUGCAGCAAGCACAGAAGAAUUCAUCUGGCAGUUUGGCAACACAUCCAGGUUGGUUAGAUCGCUUGGAUCACCAGAUAUUAACAGCUAUCUGGAAGCAGACAAAGGCUGCUUGGAACUCCUUGCUACUCGAAUUGUCUGAUGAAUCAGAAUCCUCGGAAAGAAAUUUGGUGGUUGUAGGACACCCUGCCCUUCAUGUUGCAUUGAUAGCCCAUUGCCUCAACCUGACAACAGAAUGGAUGGAUUCUUUUCAUCUUGAUGCUGGUAGUGUCAGUGUUAUUGACUUUCCAGAUGGGCCUGCAGGAAGAGGCAUCGUUCGAUGCAUCAACUAUACUGCACAUUUAGGAAGGUGGUCUAUACCAGUUACAAGAUCAAUGACAAAUGAUGAAGAGUUUUAGCUGCAAAUUAGGUAUUUUCUUUAAUUCACCGCAGACCUAGCAACUGCAGACUGUUUUGUGUAUGUAUUCUCUGUAUUUGUAUAGAAUGAUGCCAUUUGAAAUACAGAAGAACCUACUUGUACAAAAAACAACAACAAACUUUUUGAGCACAAGUUUCGUUUCCCCACACCAAUCAUAUUUUAGUUCCUCUCAAAGAAGAGCCUGAAGAUGAACGUGUUUGUAUUUCGCAUUGAGAGACAAAUGUAAUAGAAGAGCUUCAUUUUUUGUUACA